AGAAUCACAAGCCAGAAUACAUUUUGGUCUUCAGAAAGGUCUUCAGUUCAUUAUCAUUUUGCCAACAUGGCUAAGGCGCCACUUCUUGGAGCAUUAUCGGCUCUCCUCUUCAUGUGCCUUCUGCUAGGAUGUGCGAACGCGUUCAGUUUGUCCGGUAGCCUUUGCCCACAGCCUUCAUGCCAGGAGAUCUACGAUUCGCUUUAUCGACCUACUGGCGAUAUAAUGCCGGAAGGAACAUUCAACGUAGGAGGUAACCGUGGUCUGCAACAGGUGUCCUGCGCUUCUCGAGGUGGUUUGACCGGCCACGACCGCACAAGCUUCUGGGGUUGGACAGAGAUCGCUAAUGUCCAGGCUAAGUACAGUUGCCCCGCCGGCUGGCUGCGGAAGCUUGUGGAAAAUAACGGAGUCGCCAAACACGUUUGCACUCGCCCCGGGGGAAAUGGCUGCGCUAGUGCCUUCUUCAGUAAACCCUUCAACGGACAGUACAGCGAAAUUCGUGGAAGUUUGAACGGAUACAAGUUCCGCUCGCCGGACGCCUUCCAUUCGCAGCCUGGCUACCUGAUCGACAGUGCGUACGUUGAUGGCUUCUCGAUCUCGCGGGACAGUGCUCCGGGAGUCCGCAAUCACGUCUUCACGUAUGCUGUAGGUAUGGAUCGCGAGAGUGGUAGCAAGUGCCCGUGCCGAGGAGGAACGCAAGCCCAGCCGUUCGUCGGUGAUAACUACUACUGCGCAGAGACUAAGUAUGCUCAGCACCCAGCUACCUGGUCACUGGGUCACGAUGAUCAUCUGUUCGAUACCACCGUAUCCUGCAGUUCGACGACCCAAUACCAAUGCGAGCCGGUGCCUGACUUUCAUGUGACUCUGGACAGUUCGACGAGUGAUAGAAUCGAGGUGCGCAUCUGUUCGGACCAGGAUAACAGCGACGAUGAGCUGGGACUAGACAAGCUUCAUUUGUACGUCCGAUAAAUGCUGAAUGCCAGCUAUAGCCGGAACCAAGCUCGGUUGCGGAGAGGAAUAGCCGUUGUAUUUCGGGCACGAGCACUGCAUGCUGCUCAUUGAUCUGUAUUCCUUGCUGCUUUUCACUCACUCGACAAUCCGAGUAUUAUUCUCUUUCCUGCACAAUGAUGUAAAUGUAUGUUGUAUAGAAUUUCUACGGGAACCGAGCCCAAUCAUAAUUUUCUUUCCAAAUACAUGUAGGUAACCUUUCCUUAUCCGAUUACAUCACGGCUGGGUGGUUAGAUCACAGCUGCUCAGAAGCUAGGCUCCCUAGUUCGAGUCCUCGUGGUAGCAGGCAAUUUUCCUCAAGCUUAUUCUUCUUUUCUCCUCCCUAAAACUCAUCAAUAUUUCCUUAUCUCGCCUGCCCUGUUGGCUUUUUCUCUUUCGAGUGCAGCAUAUUCCUUCUUGCCUCACAUUUUGGUGCUUCGUAUCACACAGUUGACAUGGAAGAAUACUAUCAUGUAAUAUUA